CAAACACAUCAGCUGAUGCACUGCCAUACGAAUCACUUGGUCACGAAGAAGACUGUUGCAUGUGUGCUUUUACUACAGAAUUGCUAGUGUCGCUAUGGUGUCACAUGCUGUUUUAGUGGUAUUACUGAUUUCUUUGAUUAAUUGUAUAAGACCAAGUACCUGCCAUAGUUAUGACUGGGACCGCUUCAUCUUCACACAAGAAUGGCCAACAGCUGUGUGUAGCAGAGCAAAUUCCACUGGACACAUGUGUGUUAUUCCCUCCGGAGUGAAAACUUGGGGUAUACAUGGACUCUGGCCUACGAAAGGACACAGUAAGGGACCGACAGGAUGCGAGAUAUCAAAGCCAUUCAAUUUUACCUUGCUUAAGCCAUUAAUAAUAGAACUAGAGAUUUUGUGGCCAAACAUCUUUGCAGACACAAAUGAAAGUUCCUUCUGGAAACAUGAAUGGGAUAAACAUGGCCGCUGUGCUACCACCCUCCCUGCCACUGCCAAUGAGUUUUUGUACUUUCAAAAAAGCCUACAACUUAUGGAAAAGUUCAGCGCUUCCAAGUUACUUCAGAAUAUGGGCAUCUUGCCAAGCAAGACUGCACACUACAGACUUGACCAGAUACAGUUUGCCCUGGAGCGACAACUAGGUAACAAGACUGUCGUCAUUGAAUGUACAAAAGAUCCUGCAACUGGACUUGACAUGAUAUUUGAAGUGGAGAUCUGUCUAGAUAAGGAUUUUAUUCCAAUAGAUUGUUACUCUAGGCAGGAUCGUGUGGACAAUUCAGCCAGUGGUCAUUUUCUCAGGAAACACCAUAACAAUGAUGAAGGAAACUGCCCCCGCAAAGAAGCCUUUGAGUACCCACCUAUCCCUAGACAUUGAGUUGUCCAAUCAUUGAUGAGUUAUCAUGUAUUAACUUUAACAACUGCUGCUAAGUCCAGCUCUAUUAAUACAUAGCAAGAAUUUUGUACAUGAUCUAAAUUACUAACGUAAGAAUACUUCAGUUAAACUGGUCCAUAUUUAAUUAGGAUACAUGUUGAGAGUCACUACAUUAUGAAAACAUGGUGCAUGGCUCUAUCAUGAUCAAUUCUUGCUUACUCUUUUGAAAAUCUUUAAACUUUAUAAAAUCUCAACUUAAGAAAAUAAAAGCAAAGUGCUAGAUGUAGAAAGACUGUUGAAAAAAUGUAUCUGUGUAUCUCUUAGCUCAAUAUAAAUAAAUACAUUGUAUAUUCUUGACAUACAUUGAUAUGUGAGGACACCAUGUGUGAAUGUGUUGAUGUUUGAUUUUAAAAAAUUCUAUGCAAUGUAUUUCUUUCAAGCAGAUACCUGAUAUAUCAAAGGGUAAUAAUCUCCAUUCAGAACCAUUUUUGUCUCUGUAUCAUUCAGAUGUAUUUGUUUAAAGUAGAAAAAAUUUUGAAUAUAUUUUGGUUUGCUUUGAUUAUUAAUUAGUUUUCACAUACCUUAUACAUAUCAGAUCUGAGAUUUACUUGUUUAUUUGAUGUUUGACUUCUGUGGCAUUAUUACAUGUGUAAGUCAAUAAUGGUCACCUACAAAUGUUAAGGAUUUAGCUGUGAUUGACCUUAGUAAGCUGUUUGUAAUCUUGCUGCCUCGUUACAGGGAUACUCUGUAUGUAUUAUUUAUCAUAACUGUUCUCCACUGACUGUAUUACAUAAGAAAUCUCUGCUGCCUAACAUCAUUUUUGUUUAUUUAUAUGUAACAAACAAUGGGAAGGUGAUGUUUAAUGUCUCUUUUUUUAUAUAUACAUGUCUUUUUGUUUUUGAUCUGGUACUAUUUAUUGUGAUCUCACUGAUUACCUCCUUUGAAGAGUUGGACAUUGUCAUUUUUAUACAGUUGGUUAUCUAAUGCCUUUUUAAAAUUAUUUUUGCUCCAUUUUUCUAAACUGUGAACGGAUAAGUUGGUCUUCAUCCUUUUAACCAAAAUUUCAUUUUUUAGCGGUUAUCUUUCACAUUAGACAGAUAUUGGUAAAUAUCUCUGGUUUGAUAGGACAAACUCUACCCUGAUAUGUUUGCUGCAGUUGGUAUUGUUGUCUCAUUCAAGCAUUUAGAUAUGACUACUAGAAAAUCUUAAAAAGCUGGUGAAGGAAUUCAGUGAUGCUUGUACUAUAUUAAAUGGCUGGUUAUCAAUUCAGACUUAUGAUUCAGAGGAAUUUUUAUCUUUAUAAAGAAGGAAAAAGGCAUAUGAAAUUCUUCUUUUUGUCUGUAGUAUAAGUGUUGUUGCUAUCAAGUGUAUUUAAAUUGACAUUGUCCAACUUUAAAGGUCCAAGAUGUACAUGUGUUAGAUGUUUUGACAUCAGUAAAUAAGUGAGAGUGAAACCAAUAGACCUAUUAUUUAAAUUAAGGAACAUAUACCAAAAUCAUUUGUGUGCAAUAUCGUGUGUGAAGUAUUACUAUGGUUGUAGUGAUUUCGUGUGUAUUACUUGUGCUCUCUCGAUAGUGUUUCUGUAAUAGUCAAUACCUUGAUAAAUAAAGUUUUUUUUUCACUGAACCAAAAGUAGUAAAUGAGGAUCUUAAUGAUCAAUAUGUUAUGGAAUUUAUUAAACGAGUUCAAUCACUUGAUAUGUCAUGUGAGAUUUAGAAGUCAUUAUAUGACUAUUAGAUAUCACACCCUUUAUCAGUGUGAGAACCUGAUAUCAGCCCAAGGGCCUAAGCCUGUGUGAACUGAUAAUGGUGUAAAUAAUCAUAAUUUUUUUAUCUCAUGUUUUGGAAAUAAACGAAACAAAAAUGUAGAUUAACAACACAGCAAUUUGAAUAUUACCACCGGUAUGAGUUAUAAACAAAACAUAGUGUCAUUGUGUGUGUCCUAGUCAAGAAACAUACGUCAAUCACAUGAAUGAGUUGAACAUGAAUGCAAGAUUCUAUUUAUCAUAUAACUUACAAUUCUUAAAAGUAAGAGAAAAUUCUCCAAUUCACUUCCCAAUUCUCCAUUUUUCUGUUUUUGAUUAUUCUUUACAUGGGCAGUACAUUCUUACGCUUCCCAAAGGGAGAGCAUAUAGUCGCCACUUUGUCCGUCCGUUUGUCAUCCAUAAUAAUUUUGCCGAGCAUAACAAAAUAAACUAUAAGAGGUAUCAACAUAAAACUUUAUAGGUAGAUAGAUCUCAACAAGGAGGAGCGUAGUGGAAAAGAACCAUCACUCUCUUUUGCAUAAUUUAGGAAUUAUUUCCCUUUAUUUUUUUUUCAUUUUCUAAAUUUUGUCCAGUGCAUAGUGAUAAGAGGUAUCAACAUGAGACUUUAUAAGUAGAUAGAUCUUGAUGAGGAGAAGUGCAGUGCACCAGAACCAUCACUCUCUUUUGCACAAUAUAGGAGUUACUGCCAUUUGUUAUUUUCCAUACUUAAAUUUUUUGCCACUCAGGGAGUAUAAACCCUCUCUGACAGUCCUUGUUCACACUGGAGACAAUGAUGUGACAUCAUCUAAAGAUGACUAAUUUAUGACAUGACAAUAGUGUUAUUACACAUGUAUCUUAGAAUAUUGAUAACAUGGCUGUAUGACAUGAAAAACAGGCCAGUUUUGUAAUAUAUGUAUGCAACAUUCAUUGUUGUCAACCUUAAUAUCUGUGUCAGUUAUCAGCUGGUGACAUUUUGACAUGAUGAGUGUGUUCUAAGUGAUUUCAGGUGAAGAUUGAAACUUUACAACGAAUAAUUACUUUUGACUAUAUAAUGUUUUUUGAAUUGUAGCUAGUGUGUUUUGAGGAAACAUUCCAUACUUCUACAUAUAUCUUGAGAUCAGGGAUAAAAAUGAUGACUGUACAUCUUAUUUUGUAUAUCUGCUGCCUGUAUUAACAAUGAUGGUAUUCACUAACUAACCUUUGGCAUAUUGACUUUGAAUGAUUAAAUUAUAUAUUUGCAUU